CUCUACAACUAAACAAAAAGAACUGAAAACAGAGGCUUCCUCUUUCUCUCUCUCUCUCUCUCUCUCGUCUCUUAUUCUGUGUGUGUGUGUGUGGAACUGGUUUUGUGUACCGCACGUUAGCGAUGGAGGUUAUGUCCCAUUCUUCGGCUUUCCUUCUACCGACAAUCCCGGCCGACCACCGACCUCCUCAAACGUACUACGCACUCGUCGUGCUCAACCAAAAACUCCCCAGAUUCACUCCUCUGCUUUGGAACCACGCUCAACUUCAUCUCUGUGCUGAUGGAGGCGCCAACCGUGUGUAUGAUGAAAUGCCUCUGCUCUUUCCACAUGAAGACCCCUCCCAUGUUCGAACCAGGUACAAGCCUGAUGUUAUUAAAGGUGACAUGGAUUCAAUCCGAACAGAAGUACUGGCCUUUUAUGCAAACCUGGGAACCAAGAUACUGGAUGAAUCUCAAGAUCAGGACACCACUGAUCUACAUAAAUGUGUAGCAUAUAUUCGUGACUUUACACCAAACCUUGAUAAGCCAAAUCUAUGCAUUCUUGUUGCUGGAGCACUUGGUGGGCGGUUUGAUCACACGUUAGGAAACCUCAAUGUUCUGCUUGUCUUUUCAAGCUUGAGAAUAAUUCUUAUAACUGACGAAUCACUCGUUCGCCUUCUUCCAAGAACUCAUCGUCAUGAGAUCCAUAUUCAAUCCUCUGUUGAGGGUCCGCAUUGUGGACUCAUUCCUUUUCCAUUAUCCAAAAGCACUACAACGACUGGACUUCAAUGGGAUCUCACAAAUACAGAGAUGAGGUUUGGUGGUUUAAUAAGCACAUCAAAUGUUGUAGAAGGAGAAAAAAUAACAGUGGAAUCUGAUGCAGAUCUUAUUUGGACAAUCUCUGUGAAAUAGUUGCUUUUGAGAGGCGUACAAGCAGAAGUUUUCACAAGUUCUUUUAACCUACAAAAAUUGCGAAAGAUCAUCUUCAAUUAUUGUAGUCAAGGUGAAUUUCUGUAGGUAGAAUGCAAAGCUUAAAGAAAUGGAAUAAAUUGUGUAUUCAUAUUGACUUUUUAUGUUUAUAAUUAAUUAGGUAAAUAUUGUAGCAUCUCUACUUUUUCUUCUUUAUUAUUAUUAACUCUAGGGAUGACUUAUCCUUUAUUCAGUUGUCUUGAGAAAAGUUCUUAUCUAGUGUUUCUGAGCUUCUUGGAAUC